GAUGGUCCAGCCGAUGGAACCAACGAUGGAACCGACGAUGGUGCAGAAGAUGAUCUCUUCGAUGGUGCUGACGAUGGAACCGACGAUGGAACCGGUGAUGGUGCUGACGAUGGUGCAGAAGAUGGAACCGACGAUGGAACCGACGAUGGUGCAGCCGAUGGUGCUGACGAUG